AUAUAGGGACAGUCCCUAGCUUGUGGGUAAAAGCCCUUGAGGCUUGAGGGCAAAAAAAGCAGUUUGUGUGGGUGCACCUAUUAAAGCAAGGAUGAGUGAGUCAGUGUUCAAAGUGUUGGUGAUUGGAGAGCCGUCAGUGGGCAAGACCUCCAUGGUGGCUCGCUACUGUUACAGGGACUGGAUUGAAAACUACAAGGCCACUGUGGGAGCUGAUUAUGCUGUCAAGACAAUCAAAUGGUCCACUACAGACACUGUCAGAUUGCAUAUAUGGGACAUUGCUGGACAGGACCACUACCGGGCCAUGACCAGAACAUACUAUAAGGGUGCCUCAGGCUGCAUCGUUCUCUUUGAUCUCACCAACAAGAGAUCGUUCACAGAAGCAAAGACUUGGAAAGAAGACCUUGACUCGAAAGUGCUCUUGUCAAAUGGAGACACUAUCCCUUGCUUGUUGGUAGCUAACAAGGAUGAUUUACCAGACAAACGAGUCACACACAAUGAAAUUGCAAAGUUUGCUAAAGACAGUGGAUUCUUUCAUUGGUCUCCGGUCUCGGUCAAAGAUAACCGAAACAUCACAGAAUCAAUAUGUCAGUUGAUUCAGAAGAUGCUGGAUCAAGAGAAAGAGUCGGCUCAAGCUAAUCCACCAGGGCAAGUGGAUGAGGAUGUGCUUAACUUGCACAGGCCAGAACCUGAACCUAAACACAGUGGCUGUUGUGGAGGCAAUGGCUAGCUAGUGUAGCUAAUUCAUACAUUGUGUGUUUUUAUCCAGGUUUUGAUUUGCA